AUGCUCAGAACUGUUGAAACAAUUAUUUGUCUGCCUUCAAGACGAAACUUAGGUGAACACCGUUUCUCGGCAUGCCCGAUCCAAAUAUCGCGGCCUCCCGGCUUGAAUCGUUGCGAGGAAAAAGCAGGAAUGAGAAAAGAACGUAUCACAUUUUUAUGCGGCAAUAGCGUUCUUUCUUGGUAUAAUAUGGUUCUUUCAAAAAAUCGAACCAUUCAAUUCUCCUAUGCAAAACUAUUCCAACGUCAGAAGCCAUCGAAACGUUUACAAAAUCGACCAUCUCCACGUCAAACACGACAUAAUCAAAAUGUGCCACAACUAGUUAUGAUCGCCGAACUAGUGCAAGAUCUUAUAUCAAGAAAUUUAGCCGAUUACAAAAAUAGUGGUCUUAUUUGUUACGAUCGUGAAACAAUCGACAAACAAUUAUUUGAAUAUUUGAAGAGGUAUUACAAAGUACGUAUAUA